AGGGAGAGGGAGCUUUGGACUGACUGACAGACAUUGGUCAGGGAGAGAGGCAGAGUAUCCAGGGAUACAGUGGUGACGGUUCUACAGAGUCACAUGAAUAAGGCAACCUCUUGAUGACAAAAACCCUUGUCUUGUAGGCACCUCCACAGCAGAGUUCAUCCCUCUGCCCCAGCCUUUCUUUGAUAACUGUAAUCAUUUUUUAAGCGAAUUGCCAUCCCCCUCCACCUGAAGGCGACUUCCUGCCCAAAAUGCCUCUUUUCCCAUCCUUCCUCCUCCUGCUCCUCGCCUGCCCUGCCCUCCUGACCCCAUCAGGUUCCCAGAGCCUGCAGACUGGGGGUCAAAGGGCACCCAGGAACACAAAGCCAGAGGGUGGCGGGCAGCCAAUCAAAGUGGUGAUCUCUGAGGCAUGUGUUCAGGGGGACUCCAGUCAGAACCAGGGAAAGGAACUGGACCUUGAGCCUGGUUCCUCUCUAGUCCUUACCCAUCGGAUCCGACUGGUUCCGGGGUCGUGCGGAGGCGGGUGCGAAGCCGAGUUUGCUGCCCUGCGAGACCGUCUGGAGAGGCUGGAGAAGGAGGUGUCUGCCCUGAGGGAGAAGUGUGGAGGCCCAGAGGGGGGCUGCUGCACGUCCCAGCAGAGCAAAGGCGCUGAGUGCUCCAUGCAGCCGGAGGGAGACGAGUGUCCUAACGAGUGCAGUGACCAGGGACGCUGUGAGGACGGCAAGUGUGUCUGCUUCCCAGGGUUCAGUGGGCCAGACUGCAGUUUGUCUGACUGCCCCGGGAACUGCAAUGACAAGGGGAAGUGUGUGAACGGCCAGUGUGUGUGCGACCCAGGUUUCACAGGGCCAGACUGCUCUUCAGAGUCCUGCCCUGGUAACUGUAACAAUAAGGGGCAAUGUGUGAAUGGCAAGUGUGUGUGCAACACUGGCCUCAUAGGGCCCGACUGCUCCACCAAGGCAUGCCCUGGUAACUGUAACAAUAAGGGGCGAUGUGAGAACGGCCAGUGUGUGUGCAACACUGGCCUCACAGGCCCUGACUGCUCCACCAAGGCAUGUCCUGGUAACUGUAACAAUGGGGGGCGAUGUGAGAACGGCCAGUGUGUGUGCAACACUGGCCUCACAGGCCCUGACUGCUCCACCAAGGCAUGCCCUGGUAACUGUAACAAUAAGGGGCAAUGUGUGAAUGGCAAGUGUGUGUGCAACACUGGCUUCACAGGUCCUGACUGCUCCACCAAGGCAUGUCUUGGAAACUGCAAAAACAGGGGGAAGUGUGUGAAUGGCAAGUGUGUGUGUGAUAGCGGUUUUACAGGGCCAGACUGUUCUACCAAGUCCUGCCCUGGCAACUGCAGCAACCGUGGAAAGUGUGUGAACGGCCAGUGUGUCUGCGAUAUGGGCUUUACGGGGCCGGACUGUUCCGCCAAAGCAUGUCCCAAUAACUGCAGCAACAAGGGAAGGUGCGUGAACGGGAAGUGCGUGUGUGAAGUGGGCUUCACUGGGCAGGACUGCGCCGCUAAGGGCUGUCCCGAUAACUGCAGCAAKAAAGGGCGCUGUGUGAAGGGGAGGUGUGUGUGUCGCCGUGGUUUCACCGCCCCGGACUGCAGCCAGUGUGAAUCUGGGUUCACUGGAGUUGACUGUGGCACCGUCAUGUCUGGUGUGUCCCAGCUCAACACCAAGGACGUCACUGAAUUUGUCACCCUCUUCUGGACCCCACCUCCAGUCCAGUAUGACACCUACCACGUCACCUUCGCCAGCCAGAAAGAGGGCGAUCAACAGAUAACAUCUCAAGUUGGAGGGAAGCUCACGACCUACACCCAAACAGGACUGGCGGCCGGGCAGGAGUACACCGUGACAAUCAAGGGAGAAAUAAAUAGGAGAAUGAGCACUGAGAGCACAGCAGAAUUCACAACCCUUAUCUCUGGACCCACACACCUUCGAGUUGUGAAGACAACCACAACAUCUGCAGUUGUCCAAUGGGAACAAUCACAAGGCGACAUCGACAGGUAUCGCUUAACUGUUACACCCAAUCAGACAGACGGAACAGCCAAGGGAAGACAAGACCUGACCCUGCCCCCUGAGAGGGACUCGGCCCAGAUUGACGGUUUGGACCCGGGACAUUUGUAUGACAUCACAUUAGUGGCUGAAAAAGGCGGGAUCAAGAGCAAGCCAACAACAGUCCAAGUCACUCCUGGAAAAUCCACAAAGACAAUAUCCAGUGUGACCAUGCCGGUAGCACCAGGAGGAGAAAGCCAUGAGGGAGACUCAGCAGGGAAUACAAAGCCUGUGAAGGACAUCUUCUACACGAAGGCCAAGGGUGAAGAACCAGAGAGGGUGAAGGAUUGGAGUGGACCAGGCUCUGUAACAGUCGAAGGCACCAAUGGAACCAAAGAGGACACAUCUGUUAGAACCAGUACAAGACCACUUGUCAACACAAACUACAGGGUUAUACCUAAAACAGGUGAUAGAAUAACCUUGCCCAGGAAACCAUACAUUGGAGGCUCUAUCCAUUUUAAUGGUACAAGAGUCGGCCAGGGUGGGAGGAGAGUGGGUCACAGUCUUCUCAAAAAGCCUACAAGCAGAAAUCCAUUGGAGCGGCCAAAGGUCAAGAAGACCUUGGAUACUGACUCUAAACCAGAAAAUCCCUUUGUUGGGGACAAGACUAUAGCCUUAACUGUGAAAGAAACUAACCUGGAGACAAGUCCUCUUGGAGAAAAAGAUGAAACUUUGACAAAGACAUAUCCUGUUGGAAUCCUUCCUGUAAAUGCCACUCCAAGCUCUGGUUCUGAACAAACAGUGAUUCCUGGCUUAAAGGACCUACCCGAAAGAAAAAAAGAUACAGAGACUGAAACAAAUGAGCCAGGGCCAGGGACAGAGGGUUUGGAGCAUACCACCACAUCAGAAAAAAAUACUACGGUUCACCCGAAUGGGAAGAAAUGUGUCAACAAGGUUAAAUUGACACACAGGAAAGUCAAUGUGACACGUAGAGAGAGAGUCAUUGGAGGGAGGGUGAAUGGCACAAUAGUUAAAAGUAAACCCACAGCAGAGCAGGGUUUAGCUGAAAAAGAGGACAGUGCCCUAAAAGUGUCUGAAACAGGACAUUCAAAGACAACAUUUCAUGAGCGUAACCUGGUAAUUCACACACAGAGUAAAGCAGAUGACAUUUCUCCACACACCACACAAAGUCCUACAUAUCCAACUUCCUCUUCACCAGUAUCACCUACUUCCUACAUGUCACUUUCUUCUUCAGCUCCCGCAAAACAUGAUGAAUCAAUGACCGGUAUGGGUCAACCUAUGACUGACAGAGACGUGGUGAAUGCAAAGACUUUGCUUGUUCCCCAAUCCCAAUCAUCCAACCUCCCUCCAGAGAGGGAGCCAACAUCCUCCAGUGAAUCAGAACAGAAUGAUAAAGGACCAUCUCCCUCCAACCCUGAGGACUCAUACUCAGGUAAAGAUCAUGUUGCAGUAGCAGAAGAGGGAGUCAGCAAAGAUGGAGAGAAAACCGCUGACGUGGGAUUGUUUGGAACCAAACAAAACAGGACAAAGACUCUGAGAGUGGGCGGCUCACCACCUUUUCGCCGCCUACCUCCAAAGGGGCCCUACCAACGCCGCCCGAACCUAAAUAUGAGACCAUUCCAAAACAGGACACGUUCACCUUUUUCAGCUCCCACAAAACAAAAUGAAUCAAAGACCGGUACGGGUCAACCCAUGACUGACAGACAACUAGUGUUUCCAAAGACAGUAACGGUUUCCCCAGCACAAUCCUCAACCCUCCCUCCAGAUGCUCAGCCAGAGAGAGCACCAAAGUCCUCCAGUGAAUCAGAACACAGUGGCAAAGGCUAUUCAUCAUCAUCAUCCACUUCAGAGGAAUCAGACUUUACUAAAGAAAAUGUUGCUGUGGCAGAGGAUGGUAUCAGCAGAGAUGGGGACAGGGCAACUGACGUGGUGUCGUCUGGAACUGAACGAAACAGGUCAAAGACUCUGACACUGGGCAACACACCACCCUUACGCCGUCUACCUCCAAAGGGGACCCAGCAACGCCGUCCACACCCAAAUAUGGGGGCAUUCCCAAACAGGYCACGAACACACCUGAUACCCCCUCACCAUCCAUCAAGAGGCCCCAUACGCAGACCUUUCCCACCUAAACUGACAAACAGGGACAACGGCAUCAUCAUUCAAACCUCUCAACCAGGGGAGCAGGGCACCUACAGCACCAGCCAGAAUGACACAAACACAGACCUUAAGCCCAAAACUCUCCUCAGGAAAAUAAAUGCCACAGCUGGUAAAAUAGCACGAMAUCAAACAUACAUAAGAAAUAACAGUAGCUUGGGCCAAAGGGGCCAAGAUUUUAAAACAGGCCAUUCUGACCAAGGUAGCCAAGUGAGUAAGAAUGCUGACUCAAGAGACAGCCCAAACCAGAUAAAUGGGUCAGAUGUCACUACUACUGGAAAAACAGGCCAGCCUCUAAACUCAGUGGGGGUUCAAAGCAUAACCUCAGGAGGGUUCAUACUCGUUUGGGAAGCACCAGAGGGGAUGUACAGAAAUUUCAUAGUAACCCGGGAAGAGCAUGGAAGUAAGAAUGAGGCAGAGAAAGAGGAGGAGAAGGAAGAGGAAGAGGAGGAGAGUGAGUCAGAGGAGGAUAGGCAGGAAGAAGGGGAGGCGGAGGGACAAACUGAGAAGGAGAACAAGGGGAAUGAGGAGGAAAGUGAAAUGGGGGUGAGUCAAGGUAAGGAGGGCGUGGAGGAGAACACUGUUAUCAAUAGCAAAAGUGAUAACCAAAGACAGAGCAGCGACCGUAAUGCUACGGCUAAAGUUGGUGACGGUGGUACAAUCAAGUUCUUCAAAGUCCUUCCGGGGUCAGCUCGCUCAUUCCCAUUCCAGAAUCUCCAUCCACAGACCCGCUAUUCCUUGUCUGUGUUUGGGAAGGGUCCCGGACUACACUCCAAAAUUCACAGACUCAUCGUCAGCACAGGCCCAGAGCCUCCCUCAGGUCUUCUCUUCAGUGAAGUGACUGAGACGUCUUUCUCUGUGUCCUGGACCAAGCCAAAAAGUCCAGUGAGUGGCUUCAAGGUCACCUACACUCACACACAGGAAGGGGAGCCGAUCUCCGUAAUGGUGGACUCUGGGGAUUCCACUCUGGCACUGUCAAAGCUCUCUCCGGGGUCCUCCUAUGAGGUCAGUGUGAUAUCUGUCCUUGGACUGGACGAGAGCGAUGCAAUCAAAGACCUGGUUAUGACACUCCCUGACCCUCCAACGGAUCUCCAGGCCAUUAAUGUCACAGACACCAAGGCCUUGCUGCUAUGGCGACCAGCACUGGCAACGGUUGACCGUUACGUCAUAGUUUAUGGCUCUGAAAAAGGUUCAGAUGAUGUGAAGAUCACUGUGUCGGGCAACGCGGCCGAGCAGCAGCUGAAGGACCUGCAGGGCUCCACUAUGUACACRGUCACGGUCACCAGUCAGUUGGGCAACCUGGACGGCGCUCCCGCCAUCACCGUCUUCACCACCACCAGUGGAUCUGGGGGAGACGGGGAAGGCCCGCGUGACCUGAAGGCCAGUCAGGUGACUCCUCYCUCAGRGUUGCUGACGUGGAAACCACCCUCUGCCGCUGUGGGAAGCUACAAGCUGACCUAUCAGACGGAGGGACAGGAGAUGCAGGAGGUUACCAUUGACGCCACAGUAACGGAGUUCAAGUUGACCAGGCUGCAUCCUAUGUCCAAGUACACCGUGCAGCUACAGGGAGAGAGGGGAGGGAGCUAUACUGCUGCAAUUUCCACUGAGWUCACCACAGGGAAUCUCCGGUACCCCUUCCCAAGUGACUGUUCCCAGGAGCUGCUGAACGGGAUGCAUGAGUCUGGAGAGGUGGAGAUCUUCCCAAAGGGAAGGCAGGGAAAACCAGUGUUGGUCUACUGCGACCAGGUGACUGAUGGAGGCGGCUGGACGGUCUUCCAGAGAAGGAUGGAUGGGAAAACGGACUUCUUCCGAGAUUGGAAGAACUACAGCAAAGGAUUUGGAGAACUGAGUGGGGAAUUUUGGCUGGGUAAUGAGAACCUACACAAUCUAACCAGCAUGGCACCGAUGACCCUACGUGUGGACCUCCGUGCAGGGGACGAAUCCGUGUUUGCCAAGUACUCCACAUUCACGGUGGACACUGUUAGGAGGAACUACGCUCUCAAAGUGUCUGGGUACAGCGGUACAGCAGGUGACUCUAUGAGUUACCACAACGGGCGCAUGUUCUCUACCAGAGACAGAGACCCCGCGCCUUUCAUCACCCGCUGCGCCAUGUCCUAUAGGGGGGGUUGGUGGUAUAAGAACUGCCACCAGGCCAACCUUAAUGGCCUCUACGACACCAAUGUCAAUCACCAGGGUUUGAUCUGGACUGCCUGGAAAGGCAAGGAUUAUUCCGUCCCUUUCACUGAGAUGAAGCUCAGACCAACAUCUUUCACCCCUCCAACUCAGGGGUACUGACAAAGUGGUGGACAGAAAAUGAGAAGGGGAGAGAGGCACACUUUAUGAACACACACACACACACAGCCAGGUAACUGCCAAAAUAAAGGAAACACAAA